GCUGCUGCUACUGCUAGCCAACUAACAUCAAACCAAUAUUUUUUUGUUUCUAUCUAACAGUUUCUCUCAAUUCUCACUAAAAGUUUCCAUCUUUCAUAUAUACAAAUCAAAAUUAGGGGCAAAGAUGAGUUAUAUAGGAGUCGGAAUCAGUCCAAGAAACGUCGCCGGAACCGGAAGUACCAAAAUGAAGCUGAUUGAUCGGAAAGUGAGAGUGGCAGAGUUGAUUCUGAGGUGUUCUGUUUGUGCCCUCGCUCUUGUCGCUGCGAUUCUCAUUGUUACAGACGUCCAAGUGAGAGAGAUUUUCAUGAUCAAGAAAAAAGCCAAAUACACCAACAUGAAGGCGCUUGUGUUUAUGGUGGUCGUUAAUGGGAUAGCCGCGGGUUAUUCUUUGGUUCAGGCGGUUCGUUGCGUGGUGGGUUUGAUGAAAGGAGACGUUUUGUUAAGUAAGCCUCUGGCUUGGGCCAUUUUCUCCGGCGAUCAGGCGGUAUCGUACUUGUGUGUGGCGGGGGUUGCAGCAGCGGCGCAGUCUGCGGCCUUUGCAAAGCUGGGUGAGCCAGACCUUCAAUGGAUGAAAAUAUGCGGUAUGUAUUGGAAGUUCUGUAUCCAGGUAGGUGAAGGAAUAGCCAGUGCCUUGUUCGCUUGCGUCGGAAUGGUUUUGAUCUCUUGCAUCUCGGCUUUCGGUGUCUUCCGUUUAUAUGGCGGAAGCAAAACCCGGCAAAGCUCAUGAAGGCCUGUAUUGGGUGGUUUUGGACCUACCUUGUUUAGUUUAAAGAACUCGUGUGUUAAUGUUGUGGUUUGUGUUCUCUUAUCUUAGUGUGUAUACUGUCUAUUACUACUUUCACCACAAUCUCAAGCUGCUCUAUAAAUGUAAUCAUCAUUUCAUCACAAUUUGGUUGGUUUGUAUGGAUCACGUGUAGCUUUUUUAAAACACAAACAAUGACAAUGUUUUAGUCUA